CUUUUCGCGGUGGACAAUUGCGUAGAAGACUGGCGCAUAGCAAUAUCAUGGCGUCGAGGAAUGCAGUUACUACUGGAGAUCAUUGUCUGUGCCAUACAUCCGAUUCCUGGAGAUUUUUACUUUAUGUGGCCUACAUCCUUAAAACAAACAGUCCAAUCAGUACAAGUUCCUGUGGAUAUUAUCCUGUCCCUUCCCAUGUUUUUUAGGCUAUAUCUCAUUUGUCGUGUUAUGCUGUUGCACAGUAGACUGUUCACUGAUGCGUCCUCUCGGAGUAUUGGCGCGCUUAACAGAAUCAACUUUGACACACGCUUUGUGCUGAAGACACUUAUGACAAUCUGUCCUGGAACUGUUCUACUAGUCUUCAUGUUAUCGUUAUGGAUAAUAGCUAGUUGGACGUUACGUGCCUGUGAAAG